AUGAUGAAGCUGGAUGGAAAGCAAUAUUACACUAAUUGGAAUGAUAGGAUGCUUGGGAAAGUUUUGAAUGGUUCUAUAAAUUCAGAAUUAUAUUUCUAUUCCUAUAUUUUAGUAGAAGUUUUUGUCUUAUAUGUUGUUCACAGGGGCUUCUCAGGUUCUUAUGUAAAAGAAUAUAUUGAAGCUUCAAAUCCUGCAUUUGCUAUUGGAGAAUAUUGGGAUAGUUUAGGUUAUGAGCAUGGCGACUUGUGUUACAAUCAAGAUGCUCAUAGGCAAAGGAUAGUCAAUUGGAUCAAUGCCACAGGGGGUACUUCAUCAGCAUUUGAUGUCACAACAAAGGGAAUCCUCCACUCUGCUCUGCAUAAUCAAUACUGGAGAUUGAUAGAUCCUCAAGGCAAACCAACUGGAGUUAUGGGAUGGUGGCCUUCGCGUGCUGUCACAUUUCUAGAGAACCAUGAUACAGGAUCAACACAGGGUCACUGGCCAUUUCCACGAGAUAAGCUUGCACAGGGAUAUGCCUAUAUUCUGACCCAUCCUGGAACAUGGAGCAGUGGAGCAGGACCUUUGUGUUGCUCAGACCCUCCAAUCCUUGAUCCACACAGUGGAGCAGGCCAUGUCGAGAAACUUGGUGGCCUUCCCACCUAUGUCAUCGGUUCUCCCUACUCUAAGCAUGCUGCUGUUCUUAUUUCUGAUGUAUAUGGUAAUUUUAUCAUUAUUUUGUUCUUAUUUAAGCUUUAUAUUAUAUUGGGUUCUUACUAA